AUGGCCGACCACCCCGAGUCCAGCGGCAAGCGGUCGACCUCUCGAACGCGUACGUCGCGUCCCACGACCCCGCUACGCCCCUCCUCCAGAUCAUCUUUCAGGGAAUCAGCCAGAGAAAGCGUCCAUGGAGGCGAACCUUUCCCUCUGAACACUUUCGAGCCAGCUUUUGCUGAGCUGUCCGACGCCAUGGCCGACCUCGAAGCCAACAUGAUGCACUUCCAAUUGAUGCAUGAGAGCUUGGCUCGCUUUAGCGAGUCUUUUGCCAGCUUUCUGUACGGCCUCAACAUGAACGCUUUCUGCGUAGACUACCCAGAUGUGCAUGUUUCUUUCGUCGACAACCCUCCCGCAUCCGCCAAGCCGACCCCGAGAUUGAAAACACCCGAAGUACGAGGCUCGCGUGUGCCGGCUCCAAGUACUCGUGGCACUUCAGCCCGUGGCGCAAGAGGAGGACGCCGUGGAGCCGCCGAGUCGCAAAGAGGCCGGCCUAGCGGUCUGGCCCGUGCCCGAGGCCGUGGUGUCCGAUGA